CUUCCUCAAUAAGCUGCUUUUCUCACUUGAGAGGAAGAAGAAGGCAUCACUUUUAAAGAUGCUCUGCGUCUUUUGCCACUGACUGUGUGAAGUGAGAGAGAGGAGACACUUGUUCAGGUCGCCAGCAGCAGCAGAGGAGCUCAUUGGAGAGCUGUGUAGCCGGUCAGAGUGAACGAUGCCUGGAUGUUGUGUGUCGGCGGAGGAGAAGGAGAACCAGAGGAUCAACGAGGAGAUCGAGAAGCAGCUGAGGAGAGACAAGAAGGACUCUCGCAGGGAGCUGAAGCUGCUGCUGUUAGGAACUGGAGAGAGUGGAAAGAGUACCUUCAUCAAACAGAUGAGGAUCAUCCAUGGAGGAGGAUACACAGAUGAGGACAAGAGGUGCUAUGCCAAACUGGUCUACCAGAACAUCUUCACCUCCAUGCAGGCCAUGACCAGAGCCAUGGAGGCUUUUAGUAUAGCCUUCUCUAAUCCCCAGAACCAGAGCCUUGCAAACUCAGUUCUGGAGGUGGAGGUGGAUAAGGUGGAGGAGUUUGAGCAAAGCCUCGCGGUGGCCAUCAAGAGUCUGUGGGACGACGCAGGGGUACAGGAGUGCUACGACCGACGCAGAGAAUACCAGCUGUCCGACUCCACCAAAUACUAUCUCACCCAGCUGGAUCGGAUUUCUGAACCCUCUUAUUUACCUGACCUGCAGGAUAUCCUCAGAGUCCGAGUGCCAACCACGGGCAUCAUCGAAUACCCCUUUGACAUGGAGAAUGUCAUCUUCAGGAUGGUGGACGUGGGGGGUCAGAGGUCAGAGAGGAGGAAGUGGAUCCACUGCUUUGAGAACGUCACCUCCAUCAUCUUCCUGGUGGCGCUCAGCGAGUACGACCAGGUCCUGGCUGAGUGCGACAACGAGAACCGUAUGGAGGAGAGCAAGGCCCUGUUCAAAACCAUCAUAACCUACCCCUGGUUCCAGCGCUCCUCUGUCAUUCUCUUCCUCAACAAGACUGAUAUCCUCCAGGAGAAGAUCCUGCACUCCCAUGUAGCCGAUUACUUCCCUGAAUUCACAGGACCUCAGCAGGACACGACAGCAGCUCAAGAGUUCAUCCUGAAAAUGUACCAAGAACAAAAUCCGGACAAGGACAAGACGAUGUAUCCUCACUUUACCUGCGCCACGGACACGGAAAACAUCCGCUUCGUCUUCGUGGCCGUCAAAGACACCAUCCUCAGACACAACCUGAAGGAAUUCAAUCUGGUGUGAAGAGGAGCAGGAGGACAGACAUGAGGAGAGCCAAGAUGGGAGAAUUACAUAAAACAAAACUUUACAGUGUCUUGGCUGUCUAAACAGAGAACAAUUAGAUCCACUGGAAAGAUUCAUGGGCUCUUUAAUGCAAAGGUUUCAAUAUUUUCCUCUUUUGUGCCUGUAAAAAUCCAGCCAAAGUGAAUAUGAACAUGUAACAGACAAACUGUUUCUGUAGGUUAUUGUGUGUUUUGUAGUUUCCAUUCCAGCCUUUGACGAAAUGUGUUGUAAGACAAUGAUACUUUGCAGUAGAGGUAAUAAUGUGAACAUUGGUGUGAAGUAAUAUCAUUGACCUAUUGUGUGGGCUACUUACGGUAUAUUAUUACUUUUAAAAAUGCAAUAUUAACAGAAAUAAGAUCCAAGUAUGCAAUUUCUGCUCAUGCAAUUAGUCCUGAGUUUAGUGAUUUAAUAUUGUGUAGAAUUUUGAGCCAUCUGUGUAAACAAGUGCCUUAUUUACUCAGGACAGUCAGCACAAACUCUGAGUUUGUUUAGAUGUAAAUAAUCCAAGUUGUGCUUUGGAGAACUCUACUCAACUGUUUCUUCUCAGGAGAAAUUAUAUUUAUGGUAAUUUUCAAUAAACAAUUAUAGUUACUUA